AUGGGAUGGGGGAUGGGAAUGGGAUGGGGGAUGGGGGAUGGGGGAUGGGAUGGGGAAUGGGGGGGAUGGGAUGUGGAAUGGGGGAUGGGAAUGGGAUGGGGAUGGGAAUGGGAUGGGGGAUGGGAAUGGGAUGGGGGAUGGGAAUGGAUGGGGGAUGGGAAUGGGAUGGGGAAUGGGGUAUGGGAUGGGGGAUGGGGGAUGGGAUGGGGGAUAGGGGAUGGGAAUGGGAUGGGGGAUGGGAAUGGGAAGGGGGAUGGGGAUGGGACGGGGGAUGGGGGAUGGGACGGGGGAUGGGAAUGGGAUGGGGGAUGGGAAUGGAUGAUGGGGGAUGGAGAUGGGAUGGGGGAUGGGAAUGGGAUGGGGAUGGGAUGGGGGAUGGGGGAUGGGAUGGGGGAUGGGGGAUGGGAAUGGGAUGGGGAUGGGGAUGGGAUGGGGGAUGGGGAUGGGGGAUGGGGAUGGGAGGGAUGGGGAUGGGGGAUGGGAUGGGGGAUGGGAUGGGGGAUGGGGAUGGGAAUGGGAUGGGGGGAUGGGGGGGAUGGGGAUGGAUGGGGGAUGGGGAUGGGAUGGGGGAUGCGGGAUGGGAUGGGAUGGGGGAUGGGAUGGGGGAUGGGGGAUGGGGAUGGGAUGGGGGAUGGGGAUGGGAUGGGGGAUGGGGGAUGGGACGGGGGGGGGAUGGGGGAUGGGAUGGGGAUGGGGGAUGGGAAUGGGAUGGGGGAUGGGAAUGGGAUGGGGGAUGGGAAUGGGACGGGGAUGGGGGAUGGGGGAUGGGAUGGGGGAUGGGGGAUGGGACGGGGGAUGGGGAUGGGAUGGGGGAUGGGGGGAUGGGAAUGGGAUGAUGGGGAUGGGAUGUGGGAUGGGAUGGGAUGGGGGAUGGGGGAUGGGAUGGGGGGGGGGAUGGGGGAUGGGGGAUGGGAUGGGGGAUGGGGAUGGGAUGGGGGAUGGGAAUGGGAUGGGGGAUGGGAAUGGGAUGGGGGAUGGGAAUGGGAUGGGGGAUGGGAUGGGAUGGGGGAUGGGAAUGGGAUGGGGGAUGGGAAUGGGAUGGGGAUGGGAAUGGAUGGGGGAUGGGGAUGGGAUGGGGGAUGGGAAUGGGAUGGGGGAUGGGGGAUGGGAUGGGGGGGAUGGGGGAUGGGAUGGGGGAUGGGAAUGGGAUGGGGGAUGGGAAUGGGAUGGGGGAUGGGAAUGGGAUGGGGGAUGGGAAUGGGAUGGGGGAUGGGGGAUGGGAUGGGGGAUGGAAUGGGAUGGGGGAUGGGAAUGGAAUGGGGAUGGGGAUGGGAUGGGGGAUGGGACGGGAUGGGGGAUGGGGGAUGGGAUGGGGGAUGGGGGAUGGGAAUGGAUGGGGGAUGGGAAUGGGAUGGGGGAUGGGAAUGGGAUGGGGAUGGGGAUGGGAUGGGGGAUGGGAAUGGGAUGGGGGAUGGGGGAUGGGAUGGGGGAUGGGGGAUGGGAUGUGGGAUGGGAAUGGAAUGGGGGAUGGGAAUGGGAUGGGGAUGGGGAUGGGAAUGGGAUGGGGGAUGGGAAUGGGAUGGGGAUGGGAAUGGGAUGGGGAUGGGAAUGGGAUGGGGGAUGGGAAUGGAAUGGGGGAUGGGGAUGGGAUGGGAUGGGAUGGGAUGGGAUGGGGGAUGGGGGAUGGGAUGGGGGAUGGGGGAUGGGAUGGGGGAUGGGAAUGGGAUGGGGGAUGGGAAUGGGAUGGGGGAUGGGAAUGGGAUGGGGGAUGGGAAUGGAAUGGGGGAUGGGGAUGGGAUGGGGGAUGGGAAUGGGAUGGGGGAUGGGGGAUGGGAUGGGGGAUGGGGGACGGGAUGGGGGAUGGGGGAUGGGAAUGGGGAUGGGAUGGGGGAUGGGAUGGGGGAUGGGAUGGGGGAUGGGAAUGGGAUGGGGGAUGGGAAUGGGAUGGGGGAUGGGAAUGGGAUGGGGGAUGGGAAUGGGAUGGGGAAUGGGGAAGGGGAUGGGGGAUGGGGGAUGGGAUGGGGGGGAUGGGGAUGGGAUGGGGGAUGGGAACGGGAUGGGGGAUGGGAAUGGGAUGGGGGAUGGGGAUGGGAUGGGGGAUGGGAAUGGGAUGGGGGAUGGGGGAUGGGAUGGGGGAUGGGGGAUGGGAAUGGGAUGGGGGAUGGGAAUGGGAUGGGGGAUGGGAAUGAGAUGGGGGAUGGGGGAUGGGAUGGGGGAUGGGAAUGGGAUGGGGGAUGGGAAUGGGAUGGGGGAUGGGAAUGGGAUGGGGGAUGGGAAUGGGAUGGGGGAUGGGAAUGGGAUGGGGGAUGGGAAUGGGAUGGAAGAUGGGAAUGGGAUGGGGGAUGGGGGAUGGGAUGGGGGAUGGGGGAUGGGAAUGGGAUGGGGGAUGGGAAUGGGAUGGGGGAUGGGAAUGAGAUGGGGGAUGGGGGAUGGGAUUGGGGAUGGGAAUGGGAUGGGGAUGGGAAUGGGAUGGGGGAUGGGAAUGGGAUGGGGGAUGGGAAUGGGAUGGGGGAUGGGAAUGGGAUGGAAGAUGGGAAUGGGAUGGAAGAUGGGAAUGGAAUGGGGGAUGGGAAUGGGAUGGGGGAUGGGAAUGGGAUUGGGGAUGGGAAUGGGAUGGGGGAUGGGAAUGGGAUGGGGGAUGGGGGAUGGGAUGGGGGAUGGGAAUGGGAUGGGGGAUGGGAAUGGGAUGGGGGAUGGGAAUGGGAUGGGGGAUGGGAAUGGGAUGGGGGAUGGGAAUGGGAUGGGGGAUGGGGAAUGGGAUGGGGGAUGGGGGAUGGGGGAUGGGAUUGGGGAUGGGGGAUGGGAUGGGGGAUGGGGGAUGGGAAUGGGAUGGGGGAUGGGGAUGGGAUGGGGGAUGGGGAUGGGGGAUGGGGGAUGGGAAUGGGAUGGGGGAUGGGAAUGGGAUGGGGGAUGGGGAUGGGAUGGGGAUGGGAAUGGGAUGGGGGAUGGGGGAUGGGAUGGGGGAUGGGGGAUGGGAUGGGGGAUGGGGGAUGGGGGAUGGGAAUGGGAUGGGGGAUGGGAAUGGGAUUGGGGAUGGGAAUGGGAUGGGGGAUGGGGGAUGGGAUGGGGGAUGGGAAUGGGAUGGGCGAUGGGAAUGGGAUGGGGGAUGGGAAUGGGAUGGGGGAUGGGGGAUGGGAUGGGGGAUGGGAAUGGGAUGGGGAUGGGGAUGGGAUGGGAUGGGGGAUGGGAAUAGGAUGGGGGAUGGGAAUGGGAAGGAGGAUGGGAAUGGGAUGGGGAUGGGAAUGGGAUGGGGGAUGGGAAUGGGAUGGGGGAUGGGAAUGGGAUGGGCGAUGGGAAUGGGAUGGGGGAUGGGAAUGGGAUGGGGGAUGGGAAUGA